CUCCUCUCUCCCACCUUCUCCUCUCCUAAAACUUUCCCCUUUCUCUGCAAACCUAAAUCCCUCCCCCUCUCUCCCUCCCUCAGAUUUCGUCACUGAUUACGUCAAUUUCUGAUACCCUAUUUCAAUUCCGAAUGCGGCCAAUUUCAUAGCGCCGAUACCCUAAGCUGUUUUCGCCGGUGGGGGUAAUGGAAGAGCCCGGCCAGCUCAAGCGGGCCGUCAUUGACGCCACGGCGGGCUUAAUCGCCGGCGGGAUUUCCCGGACAGUCACGUCGCCGCUCGACGUCAUCAAGAUUCGAUUCCAGGUUCAGCUGGAGCCUACAUCUUCAUGGGCUUUGGUUCGCCGGAAUUUGACCGAGCCGUCAAAGUAUACCGGGAUGUUUCAAGCUACUAGGGAUAUUUUCAGAGAGGAAGGCUUACCGGGUUUCUGGCGAGGCAAUGUUCCAGCUCUACUUAUGGUUAUGCCAUAUACUGCGAUACAGUUCACUGUACUACAUAAAUUGAAAACAUUUGCGGCUGGUUCUUCCAAGUCAGAGGAUCAUGUUCAUUUGAGUCCUUAUUUGUCCUACAUCAGUGGAGCAUUAGCAGGUUGUGCAGCCACUGUCGGAUCAUACCCGUUUGAUCUUCUAAGAACCUUGCUAGCUUCACAGGGGGAACCUAAGGUGUAUCCAACUAUGAGGUCUGCAUUUGUAGAAAUAGUUAAAACUCGUGGGUUUCGAGGAUUAUAUGCUGGAUUGUCACCAACACUGGUUGAGAUUGUUCCUUAUGCGGGCUUGCAAUUUGGUACCUAUGACACAUUUAAGCGCUGGACCAUGAUGUUGAACCAGUUUAGAUCAUCAAGUGAAGACUUAUACGGUACAGAGAAUAGUCUCACAAGCUUUCAGCUUUUCCUUUGUGGUCUGGCUGCCGGGACAUGUGCCAAACUUGUCUGUCAUCCACUUGAUGUGGUCAAGAAAAGAUUCCAGAUUGAAGGACUACAGAGGCACCCAAGAUAUGGAGCUCGAGUAGAGCACCGUGCCUACAGCAAUAUGGUUGAUGCCCUGCGACGAAUAGUGCAGAAAGAAGGCUGGGCUGGUCUUUAUAAGGGAAUAGUUCCAUCAACCGUCAAAGCUGCUCCUGCUGGUGCGGUGACAUUUGUGGCUUAUGAAUAUACAUCAGACUGGUUAGAGUCUAGAUUAUAACUUGAAUCUAACCAUUCUACUCUUUGAAAAGUUAAUUUUGGAUCAUGCGAUUCUUUUGUCAUCUUUGGUCAUUGGAUAUGUUACAAGACGAGACCCUACCUUGAAGGAAAGGAAAAGGGCAAACUUAUACAGGCUCUCUAAGAUUAAGCAGAUAGCAAUGUGGUCGAGAUGUAAACCAUCUUAAUUUU